AUGGCUACCUCGGACUGUUUAUCUGAUCAAGACAAACAAUUUUUGGCCAGUUGCGAGGAAGAACUAAAAGAUAGAUAUACAGAAAAUGAUGAAGCAUUUAUGAAGGUCUUUAAAUCGGAGCCGAGUCCACCGCCUAUAAUAGAAUCAUGGUGGGUGCCGAACAACGGCAGGCGGCGGAACGACCGGCGCUUCAACCGCCGCAGCCAUCCGUACUCGCGCGACGGGCGCGACCACGGCCGCGGCCGCCACGACCACCCCCGCUCCUACGACGACAAGAGCUACGGCCACCACAGCAAUCGCCCUCGCCAUCACUAG